AUGGCUGUCCCUUACCCUCAAGUCGUCCUUCUUGGCGACUCGCUGUUUGAGCAAUCGGUAAAUCUUGACAACGGUUUCUCAUUCCAGGCGGCCCUUCAGACCCUUUGCAUCCGACGUCUUGAUGUCGUCAACCGCGGGCUCUCGGGAUGGAACUCGGCGAAUGUCGUGGAGCAUCUCGAUAGGCUUUUCCCGAAACCGACGACGUUGUCACCUAGAAUCAAGCAUCUGGUCAUUCUGCUGGGCGCAAAUGAUGCUGUGAUCCCAAUGCCAACCACGACGCAGCAUGUUCCGAUUGACCAGUACAAGACGAACCUGCAAACAAUCAUCAACCACCCGCACAUCCGAGCACAUGAACCCAAGAUCCUGCUCGUGACGCCGCCGCCGCUCGACGAAAUCAAAAGGGAGGAAGUCGAUAAAGCAGCGGGCCAUCCACGCACAACCCGCACUUGCGCAAUCUCUGCCUCGUACUCGGACAAGGCACGUGAGGUAGCACGGGAAAACCCCGAUGUCACUCUCGUCGACCUUUGGCAAGCCCUGAUGAACAAGGCGAUCGAAAUGGCUCCUGAGCACUACACUCCAGGAGGGCCAUGGCUUGGGACUCGAGAAAAUGGGCAUCGAGGAGGACUGAAGGAGCUGCUUUCCGACGGGCUUCACAUGAGUGGUGACGCAUACAGAGUCUUUUACGACGAGAUCAAACCACUCAUUCUUGACGAAUGGGCCCACCUGCAAGAGAAUGAUCGUACCGGUUAUUUACUUCCGGACUGGCGGACACUAAACUGUUAA